AUGUACCUAGAGGAACCAGUGCCACACAAGCUUCCCAUUGAGACCAUGAGAUGCCAAGUGCACGGUGCAAUGAAGUUUGUCCUCAUGGAUAUAGGAAGGCCCCUGGAGGAAGAUAUCACAAGUGUUGCUAUGACUGUGUCCCAUGUUCAGAGGGAGAAAUGUCCAAUCCCCAGCUGCCCAGUCUUCCCCCAAUGGCAUCUUGUGCAACUUCUAGUAAUAGAUUGCACUCUAGAGAAGAAAGACAGUGAUAACUGCCAAACAUGUCCUGACAAUGAAUGGCCAAAUGAGAAUAAAACAAAGUGCAUUCCCAAAAAUUAUGACUUUCUGUCAUAUGAAAAUGAUAACAUUACUUCAAUUUUCUCUUCUAUCUCUGUAUUAUUUUCACUCAUAGUUGUCUUCAUAUUAAGAAUAUUCAUUAUAUUCUGGGAGACUCCCAUUGUCAGAGCGAAUAACCGGAAUCUCAGCUUCGUCCUCCUGGUCUCUCUCAUGCUGAGCUUCCUCUGUGUGUUUCUGUUUCUCGGUCGUCCUGUGGAUAUAACCUGCAUGCUGCGUCAAACCAUUUUUGGGAUCAUCUUCUCAGUAGCUGUAUCUUCUGUACUGGGCAAAACUAUCAUGGUUUGCAUCGCUUUUAAAGCUACGAAACCAGGAAGCUCAUGGAGAAUGUGGGUUGGGGUCAAAGUGUCUAAUACCGUAGUUCUGAUCUGCUCAUCUAUCCAGAUCCUGAUUAAUGUUCUUUGGUUGUGCAUUUCCCCUCCUUUUCAAGAACUGGACAUGCACUCUUACCCUGAAACUAUCAUCAUUCAAUGUAACGAAGGCUCAGUCAUUGCCUUCUACUCUGUUCUGGGCUAUAUGGGGGUUCUGGCAGCUGUUAAUUUUAAUAUUGCUUAUUUUGCCAGGACAUUGCCGGACAGUUUUAAUGAGGCCAAGUACAUCACCUUCAGCAUGCUGGUGUUCUGUAGUGUGUGGAUUGCAAUGAUCCCAGCCUACCUAGGUGCAAAAGGAAAAUACAUGGUGUCUGUAGAGAUAUUUGCCAUAUUAACUUCUAGUGCUGGCUUAUAA